UUCUUGGUUCCUGACCUCUACCGGAAGUAGAAGAAGUGAUUUGAAGUAUCCGCAAUAUGGCGGGUAUCUUUCGGACGAUCUAUGACUGGCUCCUAAGGAUGUUUUGGGCGACGGAGAUGGAUGUCACGAUGAUCGGACUGCAGAAUGCGGGGAAAUCGUCGCUGUUGCGGGUGCUUGCGGGAGGAGAGUUCACUGUAGACUCGAUUCCAACGAUCGGAUUCAACACGAAACGGGUCCAGAAAGGCCAUGUGACUCUAAAGUGCUGGGAUCUUGGGGGCCAGCCGCGGUUUCGACCAAUGUGGGAGCGAUACUGCCGAGGGGUUAAUGCGAUUGUGUAUAUAGUGGACGCGGCCGAUCGUGCCGCCCUGCCAGUCGCCACAGAGGAGCUUCACGAGCUGAUGGAAAAACCUUCGCUUGACGGCAUUCCUCUGUUGGUUCUGGGAAACAAGUCCGACCUUCCGGACAAACUGUCGGUUGACGAACUUAUAGACGCUAUGGAUCUCAAAUCCAUCACGCGCCGUGAGGUGAGCUGCUAUGGAAUCAGUGCCAAGGAGGAGACAAACCUCGACGCCGUCUUGCACUGGUUGAUCGCCAGAGCAAGCAGAUGAGAUAUAUGCGGGAUGCAGCCUGCAGUGACGGCCUAACAACAAAGACUCUCAUUAUCACCUUUCGCCUUAUCCUCGUCUUCCACACAAACAAUUGUAGAUUCUCAUAAUAUCGGCUCGCCGCCUCAGUUUUAAUGACCUUGAUGAUGUGAUCCAGGCACAUGAAUGGAGCGAUUGACCUUUUUCUUGGCGCGGUUUUGGAGUCCUUUGCGACAAGUAUGUUCCCACCUAUUGUCGAAAUGAUAUCAAGCCAUUUUUUUGUAUCAUCACCAAGGAUAUCUGUUUUAUCUAGCAGGGAGGGGGCAUCAGAUCAGCUGACAAUCAGCUAGCCCUCUGCUGCUAUUUUGAUUUGAUUCCAUGAGCCAUCAAGAACCUAAUCAAAGCAGUAAAAG